GCGGAUCAUGGAAGCUAUCGAGCUGUAUAGAGAAGAGACAGCAAAACUAAAGGAACACAAGGCCGUAUGCAAAGCUGCAGGAAAAGAGGUCCCCUUUCCUGUCAAUCCAAUCCUCCGUGCCUAUGGAAAUAUUACCCCUUCUGCAUACGUCCUAGAAGUUUUCAAGAAGGUCAAGUCGAGUGAGCUGGAAGAGUCUCUCCUGGUGCUGCCCUUCUCCUAUGUCCCUGACCUGCUCAAGCUCUUCAAUGAAUAUAUUCAGCUGGGUUCGGAAGUUGAGCUCCUGUGCCGAGCUCUCCUCUUCCUGCUCAAGAUACAUUUUGGGCAGAUCACAAGCAACCACAUGCUGGUGACAGUGAUAGAAAAUCUGAAGAAAACCACCAUCUCCAGAGUCAGUGAGGCCCGGGAUGUGCUGGGAUUCAACAUGGCAGGGCUCCAGUACCUGAAGAGGGAGAUUGAAGCCAAGGAUGAGGUGACAUUUUUUGCUGAUGCUACUGACCGUUUUGAGGAGAAGAAGAGGAAGAGGAAGAAGAAAGAGAAGAUGAUCCUUGCAGUGCUCUAGCAUUUGCUGCCCAAGACGCAGAGUAGCUGGAUGGAGUCGGGUAACCUCAGUGCUGGCCAUGGAAGUGUUCUUGUGGCUGAACAUCUGUGAUG